AUGACCUCCAAGCCUACCCUCAUUUUUGUAUCUGGAGCAUGGCACAGCCCUGAUACAUGGAACAAACUUACUGCUGAGUUGGAGCCUCGGGGCUACAAAACAGUUUGUACCUCUCAUCCUUCAACCCUGUCCGAUCCGACGAAGGGUAUAUUCGACGACAUUCAAGAAGUCAGAAAAGCUAUCUUGGCAGAAGUUACUCAAGGCAACGAUGUUGUGGUCGUUGUUCACUCAUACGGCGGAAUGGUGGGCCCAAGCGCUAUCAAAGGCUUGACUGAAGCCACAAGUGAGCGACCUGGACGUGUCAUCGGCAUUGCCAUGAUGGCGACUGGCUAUUGCGUCACGGGUGUUGGUUUCCUCGAAGGAAUUGGUGGCAAUCCGCCCCCUUUUUGGAGGGCAGAUACAGAUACGGGAUUUGCUACGCUGAUAGUCGAUACGAGGGAGCUAUUCUACCACGAUCUCCCAGAAGAAGAAGGCAAAUACUGGGUUAGCCGACUGCUGAAGCAUUCUUUGAAGUCCCUUACAGAUAAUGGGGAGCACGUUUACUCAGGCUGGAAAGAUGUUCCAACCCGAUACUUGAUCACGACCGACGAUAGAACUUUCCCGACGGAGGUUCAAUUGGGCAUUGCCGAGAAUGCCAAGCAGCAAGAGGGUGAUGUUAUUGUUGAGAAAAUCCACACGAGUCAUUCGCCGAUGCUCAGCAAGCCAAAAGAGACGGCGGACUUUAUCGUAAGGGCCGUUGAGACUUUUACCAAAUGA